AUCUGGGGUGCACAUUAGUGCUCCCCACCCUCGGGACUCGCCCCUGCCUCAGAGCUGACCCCCGAGGAGGGAUUAAGCCCAGGAGAUCUGGGCCUCUCACUCCAAAGUCCACAUCGGCCCAGGUGUUUUCUCUUCAAAACUCCGUGCCUGGCGUGGAUCAGCCGGGCGGAGGAUCAGUGCGCUCAGGACCGUAUCGCCCGGUCGGGUGCUGUGCGCGCCAUGGCUGGCUGCUGCUGUCUGUCGGCGGAGGAGAAGGAGUCCCAGCGCAUCAGCGCCGAGAUCGAGCGGCAGCUGCGCCGGGACAAGAAGGACGCGCGCCGCGAGCUCAAGCUGCUGCUGCUCGGAACUGGUGAAAGUGGGAAAAGCACCUUUAUCAAGCAAAUGAGAAUAAUCCAUGGGUCUGGUUACAGUGAUGAAGAUAGAAAGGGCUUCACAAAGCUGGUUUACCAGAACAUAUUCACUGCCAUGCAAGCCAUGAUUAGAGCAAUGGAGACCCUAAGGAUACAAUAUGUAUGUGAACAGAACAAGGAAAAUGCCCAGGUAAUCAGAGAAGUGGAAGUGGACAAGGUGUCAGCACUCUCUAGGGACCAGGUGGAGGCCAUCAAGCAGCUCUGGCAGGAUCCGGGAAUCCAGGAGUGUUAUGACAGAAGGAGAGAGUACCAGCUGUCGGACUCUGCCAAGUAUUACCUGACUGACAUUGAUCGGAUCGCCAUGCCAUCAUUUGUGCCAACGCAGCAAGAUGUGCUCCGUGUCCGAGUGCCCACCACUGGCAUCAUUGAGUAUCCGUUUGACUUAGAAAACAUCAUCUUUCGGAUGGUGGAUGUUGGUGGCCAGCGAUCUGAGCGACGGAAGUGGAUUCACUGUUUUGAGAGUGUCACCUCCAUCAUUUUCUUGGUUGCUCUGAGUGAAUAUGACCAGGUCCUGGCUGAGUGUGACAAUGAGAAUCGUAUGGAAGAGAGCAAAGCCUUGUUUAAAACCAUCAUCACCUACCCCUGGUUUUUAAACUCAUCUGUGAUUUUAUUCUUAAACAAGAAGGACCUUUUGGAAGAGAAAAUCAUGUACUCUCAUCUAAUUAGCUACUUCCCAGAAUACACAGGACCAAAGCAGGAUGUCAAAGCUGCCAGAGACUUUAUCCUGAAGCUUUAUCAAGACCAGAAUCCUGACAAAGAGAAAGUCAUCUAUUCCCACUUCACAUGUGCUACAGAUACAGAGAAUAUCCGUUUUGUGUUUGCUGCUGUCAAAGACACAAUUCUACAACUAAACCUAAGGGAAUUCAACUUAGUGUGAAAGCCACUGCCCUCUGCUCCUGCAACAGAAGACACCAUUUCCAAGCGCUUCAGACCCCAGCUGAGCCAGGCACUUAGGACAUGAUGCACACCACGGGGCAUGAUGGGACAUAUGAAUUUACAAAACCUUUGAGUCUUUGUUCCUCCGUUGUUUUUCUAGUUCUUUUCUUGUAUCUUUGCUAUAAGGUUUUAUGUAAAUUUUGAAUUUGGUAUUUUAUAGAACUUUAAAAGUAAAGUAAGUAUCUCUUGUGUUUAAGAUUGAUAGCCAUUAAAAGUCAUGUAACAGAGGGGCUUGUUAAUUUAUAGAUCAUACUUUUGGAACUCUGAUUAAUUAG